UGGACAACCACGCACGUCAUUACUCUUGUGCAGUCCAGUUUCUCCCCUCACUGUCUCGGCCUGAGGCUGUUCUAUUCAUCAAUGACCACCGGGUAAUUCACAUGAGCGUAAUUAGUUUUUACCUGAUAAAAUGAACGUGCCCCAGGAGGAGUUGAUGAGUGACAUUUUGAGGCGUGUGAUUGGCGAAUCGGCUCUCCCGGUUUACAGCAACGUCGAGAAAUUCAAACGAGUCAACGACGGCUACGUAGUUGCUGAGGACUUACACGAAAGUGUGAGGAAAAGAGAACAGGUCAAUGCUAAGGAGCGGCUUCGGAUACGGAACCUUAACACCAUGUUCUCACGCUUGAAGCGAAUGGUACCUCUGAUGCGACCUGACCACAAGCCCAGCAAAGUAGACACUCUUAAAGCUGCAACAGAGUACAUUCGAUUAUUACUUGCAGUUUUGCAAGACACAGAAACGACUGAGAGCAGUGAGACCGAUUUCCUAAACAAUGCGAUCUCCUUUGGUCAAUCAGAAGGCUUUGACAGUGAUCUUUGGAGAGUGGAUGAUUUUCUGAAUAUGUCAGAGGACCAUGCUGAAGAUGGCUUCACCAUGCCCUCUGAAUCAGGAACAGAAGAUGGAGAUCAGACCAGGCUGGUCUUACAACAUUGUGCGCUGCCUGCAUACCAGCUCAUCAUUCAAGUAGCACCCGACCAAUCUUUGGUAACUCCGAUGCUAUGUGUGUGUUUGGCCUCCUGAAACAGAAUAAGUUGUAUGAAAAAGUAUUUGUGUGUGCUGUCAACAGUAGUUUGCAAAAGUGGGGCACCAAGCAAAUGGGUUACAUGACAGGAAUAUUCACAGGUCUUCAUCCAUUUGUGAAGUACAAACAAAUUCUAUAGGUAAUGGCAAAUAAUUAUAGUUUAUCGAUCAGACAACAGACUUGUUUCUGCCAUUUUUGUGAGAUGAUUUUGCUGUAAUCAUGUCACACAGAUGCUUUCAGAAUAAGAAUGCUCUACCUUGUAGAGUAAAAUAGUAGAAUGUACACUCACUUCGAUCUUUAGUGCACGCACAGCGGAAUAACUGAUCUUUGACCACCCAUAGUGUUGCAAGCCAGCUGCGACAUUUACAUUGACCAUACUGCAUAAUUUUGAUGUGUUUGCAUAUCUUUGGGGACAUGCAGAUGAAGUUUCGUCAAAUUUGCGAAACA